AUGGCGAAGCCGCUCCCCAGGCUGCAGCGCUUCCUGCGGCGGACCCAGCUGCUCCUCCUCUUCCUGGGCGUGGCCUACAUCAUGGCGGGCAGCGUGCUCCUGCUGCAGCGUUCGGGGCUGGCAGUGCCCCCGCGGGGGGGCGGCGGGGCGUCCGGGGGCCUGAUGGCCGCCCCCCCCCCGGCCCUGGAGCCCCCCGUCCUCAGGGAGGGGCCCACACGGCCGAGCCCGGGGCCGCGGCGCCGCGGGGGGGCCACAGAGGACCGGGGCAGCCCCCGCUGGCUCGUCUCACGCAACCUGGAGAUCCGGCAGCUGAGACGCCGCUGGUUCCACGGCCUGAUGAACGAGCAGCAGGACCCGCCAGCGGAGAGGGGCCCGCCCCGCAGGACGGUCCAGCCCAAAGGUACCGCUCAGCCCAAAGGCAAUUACAUUGGCUGUUUCCUGGACAACUCCAAGGACCGGGCUCUGAAAGGCAGCGUGUUCUACGACUUCCGGAAAAUGACCAGCUCCCUGUGCCAGGACACCUGCUCAGAAAGCGGGUACCAGUUUGCGGGGCUGCAGUUUGGGUCGGAGUGUUACUGUGGUAACCGGCUGCCCGCGGGGCGUGCGCGGGAGGAGGACUGCAGGCUGGACUGCCGGGGGGAGAAGGGUGCCCCCUGUGGGGGGGUGGGGAGGCUCUCUGUCUACAAGGUGGAGGAGCAGCCGGGCGUGAGGAGAUACAGGAACGUGCGUUACCGUGGCUGCUUCCGGAGGCCGGAGAACGUCUCCGAGGCCUUCCUGUUCCACACCGUCCAGAGCAACCUCUCCUCCGAGUCCUGUGUGGCCAUCUGCACCGACAAGGAGCUCCCGCUGGCCGUUCUCCAGACGCCGGACUGUUUCUGUGGCUACGCCACCGCUGCGUUCUCCCUCCAGGAGCCGGCCCAAGACUCGCUCUGCGCCGCGGCCAACGGCAGCAACCCCGCAGAGUUCUGCCAGGUGUACCAGACACCUGUGCAAGACUCCAGGUGCAUGGACAGGAAGUUCCUUCAGGAGAAGUCCAGACAGCUGGUGGCGCUGUCGAGCUUCCCGGGGGCAGGGAACACCUGGGUCCGCCACCUGGUGGAGCUGGCAACGGGGUACUACACCGGGAGCUUCUACUUCGACGGCUCGCUCUACAACAAAGGGUUCAAAGGGGAGAAGGACUACUGGAAGAGCGGGCGCACGAUCUGCGUGAAGACGCACGAGAGCGGCAGGCACGAGAUGGAGAUGUACGACGCCGCCGUGCUGCUGAUCCGCAACCCGUACCGCUGCCUGCUGGCCGAGUUCAACCGCAAGUGUGCAGGACACAUGGGCUACGCCUCCGAGCAGCACUGGAGGGGCCAAGAGUGGCCGGAGUUUGUGGGCAGCUACGCCCCCUGGUGGGCGUCCCAUGUGCUGGACUGGCUGCGCUUCAGCCGCAGGCUGCUGGUGCUGCACUACGAGGAGCUGCAGGGGGCGCUGUUCCCCACGCUGCACACACUCACCUCCUUCCUCAACACCAGCGUGAGCCCAGAGAGGCUGCUCUGCACCGAGAUCAACCAGGACGGCCACUUCAAACGCCCAGCCGGCCGCCAGCGCCCCCUCCACCCCUUCACCCCGGAGAUGAGGCGGCUCAUCGACGGCUACAUCCGGACCGUGGACCAGGCCCUCCGGGAGAGGAACCACUCCGGCCUGCCUUCAGAGUACCUGCCCAGAUGAUGAGGGCCUCACUCAGCCACCCUCCUCAUUACACUGCAGUACAGUAUUACAGUACACUACAGUACAGUACAGCAUUACAUUACACUACAGUACAGUACAGUACAAUAGAUUACAUUACACUACAUUACAGUACAUGAGAUUACACUACAUUGCACUACAGUACAUGAGAUUACACUACAUUACAGUACAGUACGAGAUUACACUACAUUACAGUACAGUACAUGAGAUUACGCUACAUUACAGUACAUGAGAUUACACUACAUUACAGUGCAGUACAUUAGAUGACUUUACAAUACUUUACAUUACAUUACAAGACUCUACAUUACAUUAGAGGCAUUUGGCAAACACUCUUAUCCAGAGAAAUGUGCAGCAGAGUGCAUAACCAUAACCAGGGACAAGUGUGCUGAAGGACCCUAGAGGGAAGUGCAGUGCCAAGUGCUCGGAGUGACCACAGAGAUGAGGACUCAAUCUGAUGAGAUGGCCACCGGCCCUUUUUUGGGGGUGUUCUCUUGUGUAUGAGGACGCUGGUGUAAGAUGGUAUAGUGACCCCCAUGGAAGAGUCAUCCAUGGGUCACUGUUCUGUGAUAGAAAAAUGCCCCCUUGUUGAAACAUGACCUUAUAAAAUGAUGAAAUGUAAGCAUUCAAUUUCAUAAACUGUGAAGGUUUGUAUACUAUGGGAAACUGACCCCAAUCCGAAAUCCUAUGAACCACCAGAGACAUUCCUGAGACUGUUUCCUGAUUAAUCCAGUGGGAGAACUUUCCGGAUUGUUGGCCCCAUGGCAGAAAUGUCAUUUGUCUGUUCUUUGGUGUACCGCAUGCAUGUGUGUAUGCCUAUGACCGAAGACUGCCACCAACAUGAGUGUUGCACCUAACUCCCCAGAUAUCCUCAAUUAACACACUUUCAUUUUGUAUCACUUUUGUCUUUUACUCAAAAGAAAAUUGUCUUCUGUUGCGUACA